CUUUAUGCUCGUACUGAAAAUGAUGAUUUUUAUAGCCAGGGUGCUGCAGGAAAAGCUGAAACGGGAGCUGCUCUGGGAAACGGGCAGCGAUGGUGUGUCUGACAGCUCCCGCAUCCUCGCCUUGCUGGAGCUUACACUGCUCUGGAAUCAGGGUUUGGCAGGCUCUCUGGAGGCAGGAAGCACUUGGGUAGGCAGCGGUGAUACUUCGCCUCAGGCCAAGGCCCGCUGGAGUGUGCCAUUUGUAAACAGUGCUGAUGCUCAUGGUGGGACAGGAGCUGCGGCCUCAUAUGUUUUGAUUGCAGCUUUUGUAGAUAUUCUAAAAAAUGUGAAAUCAUUUUUUGCAAGAUACAAGACGUUGCAGUGGACAAGUUCUUAUGCUUUGCCAGACUUCCCUUACGAUAUCAAGUGCAUACUAGCAGAAAAAAAAUGCCCUGAUCACAGUAUGAGAAUAAGGAUUAUUGAAUUUUUACAAGCAGAUAUGACGAAAUACCUAGAAGGAUCACUGUAUCCAAACAGUCAGCAAUAUAACAUUGUUGUCAAUGCUCUGCUGCAGGCAUACCCGUUCCUCGAUGAAGAUGGGAAUGGCUUUUUUCUAUGGAAACGGGCCCUUAAAGAUCGUUUCAAAUAUGUGCGGAGACCCAUUGAAGACGAUGAGCAAGUCCUGAGGAACAAAUGCAAGUUUGGCCACAGGCGAGGACAGACCAGGAAAUCUUCAUUUGCUGAAAGUAAACCUGAUGACGUCCAGCUGCAGGUGGAGGAAGAACCUGUUCAUCUUGAGGGCAGUGCAAUGGAUGUACACAUUAAGUGGCUUAAGCAAGAAUACAUGAAAACUCAGAGGAACUGGAAAGAAGUGGAUGAGAGAAUGAAUGUGACGAUAGAAAUACGGAGGAAGAUGAUCAAUGAUAAGGCACCUUUAAAAGACAUUCUCAGACUAUUUCCUUUCUUAAGAUGCCCUUAUCAGCUUUUUAGGGAGUUCCAGCUUCUCACACACUUGGACAUUUAUAAGAAAACAGUUGAGAUUUUGGAGAUUUAUUCAGAAAACAUAUUAUCUUUGUAUGUGGUGAGGAAUAAUCCAAUUAACAUUAUGCUGCAAGAAAAUCUGAAGCAGCACACAGAAGAAGACAUUCUGAAAUAUAUGAAAAUGACUGCUGCAUGUUUACUCCUGCCAGAUGUCUUUGGAGACGAUUCCAGUCUGUUUGCUGCAGUGAACGAGGAGGUGAAGGUGAUGACACCAGUGUUGGAAGUGAAAAAUCCCUUCAACGUGAAUUCAUGCGAGUUUGCGCUGUAUGUGGAAAGAGAAGAGCUGGCCCAGCUUGAUGACUGCACCACGGCCCUGGCCGCGCUGGUGGCUGUGUUUCACGUGUUCGAUAUCCCGUGCCCAAAGAGAAUCCACAGGACACUGAACUUCCUCGAGACCCUGGUCUUCGAAGUAAGAAGCCCAGCAUCCCUCCCCACCCAGGUGAAGAGAGGGGUGAAGGGCCCCAAGUAUCCCAGUAUCUGA